AGAAGGUGCCGGCAACGCUCACCUGCUGACAGAGGCCAAGGCGGCAAACGCUCCUCCUCUCCCUCCACACAAUUCAAGCACGCCGGCAGCCGACUUCCGCUCCUCUGCGGCGAAUCCCUAGCUAAGUAUUCGUCUCCCCCCGCCCCGCGACCAACCCAGCCAAUCACCUCUCAGAGAAUCUGCAUCCGCCGGGCCGCAAGCCUGCCUGCCAAUCACCGCGGGCGCCAGCACCGCCCCUCCCGCCCUCUUAAGCGGGUGCCGCGCGCCACCACUAGGCGGUUGGCGGCGCUGCCCUCCGCCCGGACGCGGCUCCCGGAAGGGCGGAGCGAAGCGCGGGCCCCGCCGGUGCGGGAACCUUUGGGAUUGGUCGAGAGGAGCCCCGCGCUCUGCCUCCGCCCACCCCUGCCCUAGACAUCCGAGUCGGAGACGCUGGGGAUUGGUUCCCGUUGGGUCCCAAGAAGCCAAGAAAUGGUUCCGCCUCCUUCGCGCAUCCCGGAGAGGGAGCUCCCUGGAUUGGCCCGAGGAGUCCCGGCGCGCGCCGACCCGCGCCCCAGGAUUGGCUGAGGGUGUGCUCCCGUCGGCUGAGAGCGUUGACGGUGAUUGGCCGGAGGGUGGGGCCGGCUAUUUGAAGGAGGCGCGCGGACCAAAUACGCACUUCAGUCGGCGGACAGAAGAGGCGGGAGCGGCUGUGGUAACGCUAAACCCGCUGACCCCAGAGGAUUCAGGCGCGGGCUCGGCCCCAGCUGUGGCCUCUGCCGCAGUCCGGCAAGGCGAUGGCCAAGGUUUCUGUGCUGAACGUGGCGGUGCUGGAGAAUCCGAGCCCUUUCCACAGCCCCUUCCGGUUCGAGAUCAGCUUCGAGUGCAGUGAGGCCCUGGCGGACGAUCUAGAGUGGAAGAUCAUUUAUGUUGGCUCAGCUGAGAGUGAGGAGUUUGACCAAAUCCUAGACUCUGUGCUAGUUGGGCCCGUCCCAGCGGGAAGACACAUGUUCAUCUUUCAGGCUGACGCCCCCAACCCAUCCCUCAUCCCCGAGACUGAUGCUGUGGGUGUGACCGUGGUCCUCAUCACCUGCACCUACCAUGGACAGGAGUUCAUCCGUGUGGGCUACUACGUCAACAACGAAUACCCCAAUCCCGAGCUGCGGGAGAACCCACCCCUGAAGCCAGACUUCUCUCAGCUCCAGAGGAACAUCUUGGCCUCAAACCCCCGAGUGACCCGAUUCCACAUCAACUGGGACAACAACAUGGACAGGCUAGAGGCUAUAGAGAACCAGGACCCUGCCCUGGGCUGUGGCCUCCCCUUCAGCUGUGCUCCUAUCAAGGGCUUGGGUCUCCCUGGCUGCAUCCCCAGCCUCCUUCCCGAGAAUUCCAUGGACUGCAUCUAACUGCGGGAAUCCAGGCCCUACCUGGGCCCAGCCAGGACUGCGGCCAGUCUCCUAGCACAUCUGCAGAGGGGAACUUGGCCUCCUGGACAGUCCCAUGGAGGCCAUCUGGAGGGCUUUGAGGCUAUCACCUAUACCCAGGCCAGACGUGGCUCUGAGGAAGGAAGCAGGCCUCCGGUCUCUCCCAACCCUGACCCAGAAGGAUCAUCUUACCUCUACUGCCCAGGCCUGUAAGAAGCAGGUACUUCAGUUUUUAAUUCUUUGUGACUUGUGUCUUUUCUCUCUUCCACACACACUUUAUAAAUUCCACCUGCAGGCCUUUGCGCCGCCAUGCUUCUGUGAGUACCAUUGACCCAAAGCUCUUCCCACAGACCUCCCUGGCCUGCCUUGAGGCUUUCUUGGUCAAUCCCUGGCAAGGCUCCAGCCCUGUUGAGCCAAAGGCUCUGUCAUUCCUGUCCUUCCCCAACAUCUGAGCAAAUCCACCCCACUUUUUGGAGUCACAGGCAAGAAAUCUUGGUUAAAAGGUAUGCUUGGACUCAAUUUCUGUCCUUCUCCCAGGAAAGUUUUUAGGUCUUUCUGAUCCAACAGCCUCUGGAAAACUUUCUGAAGGGGUGUGCUCAGCAGGAUGCUGAGGAGUGAUGGUUGACUCUCCUCUCAGUCACAACCACCUUCCCAUCAUCUCCUAACUGGAUCUGUCUUUCCCUGGAGGCUGCCAUGGUGGGGAAAUGGCAUGUUGGAGGAGUCUGCUUUGCUCAGUCUGCCUCAGUGUUGGCAUCAGGGCCCCUCUGCCUGCCUUGAUCUGCCCGCUGCGAAGACCUCGUGCUCUUACAGGCAAAGGAAACUGUAGGGACCCUGAAAACCUCUCCCCCUCGACCCAACACCAUGCUCCCUGCGACGCCCUGUUCCCUUGCUGCUACGUGGAUGCUAUUGUGAUUGCAGUUUGUAUAUUAAAGGGUUUUUAUAUUAAAUAUUUUGGUUGAUCUAAAAAUAAAAAGCACUUCAUUUAGACUGAUUCUGCUUUUGUCGUAA